UACUAGCCCACAGCUCCUCUUGCCGCGUCCUCUGCCCAAGUGCAACCAGCGCUCACAAGAAGCUGCCACGGAAAGUGAGUGGAACCGAAAUCCCUUUACCUUGACCGCGCGAGGACGUCGGCCCUCUCGAUAUUUGGCCCGCGAGUCGCACACAGCUUUCUGAACGUGGUGGUCGAAGGCGCCGCCAAGACUCCUGUCGCUGGAAGCCAUGUUGCCGGCCGUGAUCCGCUCCGAGAGAACAACAUCCGCCUCACGCGCUCCCUCUAGCCAAUAAGAGGACGGGACGGGUCAAGCCUGCCAGGAUUGGCUGGAGAAUCGACCGCGUCGGCCAUCGUCUCCUCAGAGCGAGACUUCGAAGAAGGACCGUGCCGCCCCCUGUCGGCCGGGCGGAGAGAUCCGAGGAUGACAGCGGAACGCGGCCGGGCGCACUGAGCGACAAGGGCCAGGCCGAUCGAUCUUCUCGGGUUCCGACGCCCUCGGCCUGCCCGGGUACGGGGGCGGGGCGGUCAAACUCUGUCCUCGGAAGGGCCAGAACCGAGCUUUGGGGAGAUGUGGGGCAGCAGCGACCGUCUGACUGGUGGGGGAACUGGCGGGGCGGCUGUGACUGUGGUGUUCACGAACGCUCGGGACUGCUUCCUCCAUCUGCCGCGGAGCCUUGUGGCCCAGCUGCACCUGCUGCAGAAUGAAGCUAUAGAAAUGACCUGGGGUCACCAGCCUGUGUACUUGAGCUGGGUGGAAGGCAGACAUUUUAGUGAUCAAGGUGAAAAUGUGGCUGAAAUUAACAGAAAAGUUGGUCAUAAACUUGGAGUCUCAAAUGGAGGACAGGUGUUUCUCAAGCCAUGUUCUCAUGUGGUGUCUUGCCAACAAGUUGAGGUAGAGCCUCUCUCAGCAGACGAUUGGGAGAUACUGGAGCUGCAUGCUGCUUCCCUUGAGCAACAUCUUCUAGAUCAAAUUCGGAUAGUUUUUCCAAAAGCCAUUUUCCCCAUUUGGGUUGACCAACAGACUUACAUAUUUAUCCAGAUUGUUGCUCUCAUGCCACCUGCCCCUUAUGGAAGGCUAGAAACCAACACUGCACUCCUUAUUCAGCCAAAGACACGCCAAGCCAAAGAGAGCACAGCUCCAAAAGUGCCUGGUGCAUAUAGAAAAUUGCAUAGCUAUGGAGAAGACCAAACAGGGAUGACCAAAGAACCUCAGACCAUAGGACCUGAUGAAAUAGUCCCGGAGGCUCCAAGGGACUCAUUGACACCAAGCUGGUGGGCUGUGAUAGGAAACAUGUUUUCUUUUGGAUCUGAGAAGAGAGAAGAGACAUCUUGGGGUUCAACUGAAAUUAGUGCUUUCAAGAUUAUGCAGUCACAGGCUGUUCCUCUAGACAGUAUUUUCAGGGUGUGCAGUGCUCAGCCUCCCAGUGUACAUACCACAUCAGCAACUUCAGCAUUUGACAAACACUGUGCCAUUCAUGUAUUCCCAUGGGACCAAGAAUAUUUUGAUGUGGAGCCUACCUUUACUGUGGUCUAUGGAAAGUUAGUUAAGUUAUUUUCUCCAAAGCAACGACAGAGCAAAACAAAGCAGAGUGUAUUGUCACCUGAAAAAGAGAAGCAGAUGAUGGAGCCACCAGAUCAGAAACAGAUUAGCUCAGACCAUAGUCAAGAAGAUGGAGAGGCCUGGGUACUAAAGGUCAUCUGGAAUGGACUUGAGGAAUUGAAGAAUGCAGUGAAGUACACCAAAAAUGUAGAACCUCUCCAUCUUGGGAAAGUCUGGAUUCCAGAUGACCUGAGGAAGAGACUGAAUAUAGAAAUGCAUGCAGUAGUCAGAAUACUGCCAGUGGACAUGACCCCUAACAUCCCAAGAUCACUGACACUACGAUCUACAGAGAACUUUCCCCAAGAUGUGACUGAAGAAGAUGUAAAAAUGGCAUUCUCUUCAUGGCUUCAGCAGUCUGCUACCACCAUGCUUCCCUUGGUUAUACCAGAGGAAGUGGUAAUAAAGCUGGCAUUUAAAGAGGGAUUGAAAGCAUUUUCUCUCAGUGUUGUUCAUUCUUGGGAAAAAGAGAAAGGAAAAUGUAUUUUUCUUUUGAGUACCAAUCUGCUGCAGAAGAUCUCAAUACAAGUCCUUCUGGAUCCUAUGGUAAAAGAAGAAAACAGUGAGGAAAUUGACUUUAUUCUUCCUUUUUUAAAGCUGAACUCUUUGGGAGGUGUGAAUUCCUUAGGCUUAGCAUCCAUGGAGCACGUCACUCACAGCCUCCUGGCACGCCCUUUGUCUCGGCAACUGAUGUCUCUCAUCGCAGGACUUAGGAAUGGUGCCUUGUUACUCACUGGAGGAAAGGGAAGUGGAAAAUCAACAUUAGCCAAAGCAAUCUGUAAAGAAGCAUAUGACAUAUUGGAUGCCCAUGUGGAGAUAGUCGACUGUACAGCUUUGAGAGGAAAAAGGCUUGAGAGCAUACAAAAAACCCUAGAGGCGGCUUUCAUGGAGGCUGCCUGGAGGCAGCCAUCUGUUGUUCUCCUUGACGACCUGGACCUCAUUGUUGGAGUGACGACUGUUCCUGAACAUGAGCACAGCCCAGAUACCAUGCAGAGCCAGCGGCUUGCACAUGCCUUGAACGAUAUGAUCAAAGAGUUCAUUUCCAUGGGAAGUUUGGUUGCACUGGUUGCCACGAGCCAGUUUCAACAUACUCUACACCCCUCACUUGUCUCUGCUCAAGGAGUUCACUUAUUUCAGUGUAUUCAACACAUUCAGCCUCCUAAUCAGGAGCAAAGAUGUGAAAUUCUGUAUAAUGUAGUAAAAAAUAAACUGGACUGUGAUAUAAACAAGUUCACUGAUCUUGACCUGCAAUGUAUAGCAAAAGAAACUGAAGGGUUUGUGGCUAGAGAUUUUAGAGUGCUUGUGGAUCGAGCCAUACAUUCUCGUCUUUCUCAUCAGUUUAUAUCCACCAGAGAAGAAUUAGUUUUAACAACAUUGGACUUCCAAAAGGCUCUCCAAGGAUUUAUUCCUGCAUCUCUGCGAAAUGUCAACCUGCAUAAACCUAGAGACAUGGGAUGGGAUAAGAUUGGUGGUUUGCAUGAAGUUCAGCAGAUACUCAUGGAUACUAUCCAGCUACCAGCCAAGUACCCAGAAUUAUUUGCAAACUUGCCCAUUCGACAGAGAACAGGAAUAUUGCUAUAUGGUCCUCCUGGAACAGGAAAAACCUUAUUAGCUGGGGUGGUUGCACGUGAGAGUGGAAUGAAUUAUAUUAGUAUCAAGGGGCCAGAGUUACUCAGCAAAUAUAUUGGAGCAAGUGAACAAGCUGUUCGGGAUAUUUUUGUCAGAGCCCAAGCUGCAAAGCCCUGCAUUCUUUUCUUUGAUGAGUUUGAAUCCAUCGCUCCUCGAAGAGGUCAUGACAAUACAGGGGUUACAGACCGAGUAGUGAACCAGUUGCUGACUCAGUUGGAUGGUGUAGAAGGAUUACAGGGUGUUUAUGUUCUGGCUGCUACUAGUCGCCCUGACUUGAUUGAUCCUGCCUUGCUUAGACCUGGUCGACUAGAUAAAUGUGUAUACUGUCCUCCUCCUGAUCAGGUGUCACGCCUUGAAAUUUUGAACAUUCUUAGUGACUCUCUACCUCUGGCAGAUGAUGUCGACCUUCAGCAUGUGGCAUCAGUAACCGACUCCUUUACCGGAGCUGAUCUGAAAGCUCUACUUUACAAUGCCCAGCUGGAGGCCUUACAUGGAAGGCUGCUCUCCAACAGACUUCAGGAUGGAGGUUCCAGCUCUGAUAGUGACCUGAGUCUGUCUUCAAUGGUCUUUCUUAACCAUAGCAGUGGCUCUGAUGAUUCAGCUGGGGAUGGAGAAUGUGGCUUAGACCAUUCGCUUGUUUCUCUAGAGAUGUCUGAGGUCCUUCCAGAAGAAUCAAAAUUCAAUAUGUACCGGCUAUACUUUGGAAGCUCAUACGAAUCAGAGCUUGGAAAUGGGACCUCUUCUGAAUUGAGCUCACAGUGUCUCUCUGCACCAAGCUCCAUGACUCAGGACUUACCUGCAUUUCCUGGGAAAGAGCCAUCGUCUUCCCAACCGCCCAUGCUUAGGACUUUUUCGCAAGAAGGCUACCAAGAACUCACACAAGAGCAGAGAGAGCAACUGAAGGCAGACAUCAGCAUCAUCAAAGGCAGAUACCAGAGCCAAAGUGGAGAGGAUGAAUCCCUUAACCAACCAGGACCAAUCAAAAGCAGUCUUGCUAUUAAUCAGUCACAUUUAAUGACUGCACUUGGCCACACAAGACCAUCCAUUAGUGAAGAUGACUGGAAGAAUUUUGCCAAGCUGUAUGAAAAUUUUCAAAAUCCAAAGAAGAGAAGAAAUCAAAAUGGCACAACAUUUCAACCUGGGCAGAAAGUAACUUUAGCAUAAAAUAUACUAGUGAUUUUUCUAAGGAUUAUUUGUUUGUUUGUUUGGUGGCUUGUUCCUACAUUGUAAAAGUAAAAACUGGUAUCUGUAAAAUUCUUUUUCAUAUAAUAAAUGUGACUAAUCAAUAAAAACAACCAAUUUGUCGCAUAUGUA